AUGGCGCUCGCUCCUGCCAACGACAAGAAGCGAGUCAAGGUGUAUGAACUGAAGAAUAAUGACUGGUAUGAUCGCGGGACGGGAUUCUGCGUGGGACACGUCUUCAGCGCGCAAAAYGCCGCGCCGGAACACCUCGACGCGCGCAUUCAAGUCACCAGCGAGGAUGAACCCACGCGCAUGCUGCYGGAAACACACAUAGCCAAGGAUGACGGCUACCAGAAACAGCAAGAGACGCUCAUCGUCUGGACCGAGAGCAACGGCGUGGACAUGGCGCUGAGCUUCCAGGAAGCCGAUGGAUGCGCCAUGAUAUGGGACUUUGUUAGUGACAUUCAGUCGCGCUUGGUGCCCGAGGACGGCAUAUCCGAUGACUUGCUAGACACGGGACAUGUGAUUACGUUGCCGGAGCCCGCGUUAGGGAAGCUGGAAGAGGUUGUUGAGGCAAUGCGGGCUACAUCGGGCACUCCUGCAGGACGAGACGCGCUGGCAAAGUAUGUCAUGAGCACAGGACAGAUGUAUCUGCUCAAACUCGCGCCUCUGGUGGAGGAGGCCGAGCGAUUACAUCUUCUCGGUGAUUUGUGGAAGUUGUGUACAAUCACAAAGCACCUCAUCUUGCUCAACGACACCUCCAUCAUUGAAUUCGCGGUCACUGACCAGGCGAUCAUGGGUGUCGUGGGCGCGUUAGAGUACGAUCCCGAAUUUCCCCAUCAUCGAGGAAACCAUCGUGCAUAUCUUUCCGAUUCCACCAAGUUCAAAGAAGUGGUCCAUUUUGAGCACACCGAGAUCCGCAAAAAGAUCCAUUACACGUACCGUCUGCUCUACCUCAAAGACGUCGUACUCGCACGCAUCCUCGACGACCCUACUUUCUCCGUCCUCAAUUCUCUCAUAUUCUUCCAUCAGGUUGACAUCGUCAACCACAUUCAGGCCAAUCAGGCCUUUCUCAAAGAGCUAUUUUCAAUAUUUCAUGACGACAAGAAGGAUGCUGAGAGGAAGAAGCUUGCAGUGCUUUUCAUCCAGAAUUGCUGCUCCGUGGCGAAGAACAUUCAACCGCCGUCUCGAGCAGCGCYCUACCAAAAUUUCCUCGCUCAUGGCCUAUUCAGCGUCAUCACCUUUUCUCUUCGCCAUCAUGACGCAUCUGUGCGUGUAGCUGGUACGGACGUGCUCAUGUGCCUCAUCGACCACGAUGCGCCUAUGGUCCGCGCAAGCAUUGCAAGAGCGAUCAACGAGAAGACAGUACCUCUUACAGAUACUUUGAUCGAUCUGCUCCUCCUCGAAAUGGACCUUGGGGUCAAGAGUCAGAUGGCCGAAGCGAUCAAAGUUCUUCUCGACUCAUCACCUGUCAACGCGGGUCUAGCACAGACCACCGAUUUCGUCGCCAAACAGCGAGGCGAGCAAGGCCAUGGGCGGCCGCUACCGACCCAGGCGAACCAGUUUAUCCAGACCUUCUACGACGAUGGAGCGAAGCGACUCUUCCAACCCUUGAAGGAUCUUGAACAGCGACAGUCCAUGGCCGGUCUCACUGUUCAAGAGACCAGCCUCUUUACCCACCUUGUUGAGGUGUUGGGGUUUUUCGUCCGACAGCAUGCUUAUCAAUCAAAGCUGUUCAUAUUGGCGGAGAACCUACAUUCACGCAUAGCACAGUUGCUGGAAUGUCCGCAAAAGUAUAUGAAACUUGUUGCGUUGAAAUGGUUCCGGAUAUGCAUCGGACUCCAAGACGAGUUCCACAACCGACAGAUCAUCCAACACCGGCUGUUUGAACCCAUCUUGAACAUUGUUUACGAGACCAUGCCUCGAGAUAACUUGCUCAACAGUGCCUGUCUGGAGAUGUUUGAAUACAUCAAAAGAGAGGGCAUCAAGCAGCUGAUCAACCACCUUGCGCAAAACUACCGAGAACGGUUGAUGGGUAUUACCUAUGUCAAUACUUUCCAGGGCGUCGUGCAAAAGUACGAACAGCUUCAACAUCCUUACAUCGCACCCAGCGGUGAAGGCGACGCGAGCUUCACAACAGAACCGGAUACUCCAGAUGCUUUGAAAGCACGCAUGACGAAUGGCAGGCAGAUUUUCAGCGGGCUGAAGGAAGAUGCAGAUGAGGACKCAUACUUCAACGCCGGCGACGACGACAUGGACGGCGAUAUGGGCGAUGACGAUCUACCGACUGGACCCAUGAUGGUGGAGUCCCCCCGAAGACUGCCAAAUGGACACGCAAGUCCCGCGACGAAACCGCUUGUCGAUUAUCCGGAUGACGAUGAAGAAGAUCUGAUGGAUGUCCUGGCCAGCUCACCCGAUCCCAUGGCACGGAAAGAGAAGAUCGGCACUCCCGAACAAGGCGUAGACAGCCCCCGAGGACGAAGUCGGAAUACCGUGCCAGUAGAUGGAUCGCCCGGAUCACAGCAAAGCCCAACCGGGUCACAAAAAAGCCCCCUCGAAUCCAUCGCUAUGAAACGUCGCAGAGAAGAAGAGGAUGAAGACGAGCUCGGGAAAAUGAUGGGAAGCGGCAAACGCCGCAACAGCUCUGCCUCACUUAGCGGCGGGAUGAAAGCUAACAGCCCUCGAAGCGCGGAUCCACAAGAUGAGAAUCGUGCUCCUGAACCUGACCCCAUCUCUCCCAAAUCCCAGCCGAAAUCUCCUCCUGCGAACCCCGCUUCCACCGUGAAUGCUCCUCAACAGCACAUACCGAAUCAAUCAUUGAGGAGAAAAGGCAGCUUGAAAGUCAAGAAUGAAGGUCCUGCGAAUCCUGGAAGGUUUGCGAUAAAACCGUUCAACAAUCUUCCUGGAGGAAGAAGUGCCGCGGAUGCGCAGAGUAAUGGGAAUGGAAAUGGAGGUGGAGGCGGUUGA